CACAAACAUACUCAUUAUACAAUUCAGAGCUUAAGAAAUGGCUGAGGCUGUCGUUGAAGUUGUGCUUGAUAAUUUGAGCAUACUCAUUCGAAAGGAGCUUGGCCUGUUUCUUGGUUUCGAUCAAGACCUGAAGAGGCUGGACAGCUCUCUGAAAACAAUCAAGGCUACACUUGAAGAUGCUGAAGAGCAACAAUUCACUAACAAUGAACGUGGUAGUGCUAUUAAGGUUUGGCUGCUAAAUCUCAAAGAUGCUGCUUACAUCCUUGAUGACAUCUUGGACGAGUGUGCUACUGAAGCAUUGGAAAUGGAGUACAAAGCAUCCAAGUUUGGACUAUCACACAAGGUACAAAGCUUUUUAUUUUCCUCUUUUCAUCCCAAGCAUGUUGCUUUUCGUUACAAACUUGCUAAAAAAAUGAGGAGGAUAAGAGAGAGGUUAGAUCAAAUCGCUUUCGAAAAGAGUGGAUUUCAUUUGACGGAGAUGGUUAGAGAGAGAAGAGGUGGAGUCCUAGAAUGGCGCCAAACCACCUCAAUCAUUAAUCAAACUUUAGUUCAUGGAAGAGACGAGGAUAAGGAUAAAAUUGUAGACUUUUUGAUUGGUGAUGCAGCAAAACUAGAGAACUUAUCAGUUUAUCCAAUAGUAGGUCUCGGUGGACUAGGUAAAACAGUACUCGCCAAACUAAUUUUCAAUCAUGAGAGUAUAGUCAACCACUUUGAGCUAAGAAUUUGGGUGUAUGUUUCCGAAGAGUUCAAUUUGAAGAGAAUCGUCAAAUCCAUCCUAGAAACAGCAACUAAGAAGUCUUGUAAGGAUUUGGAUCUAGAGACACUACAAAUAAAACUUCAAAAGGUACUUCGUACAAAAAGAUAUUUGCUAAUUUUGGAUGAUGUGUGGAAUGAUAAACAAGAGAAAUGGUAUGAUUUGAAAUCUCUAUUGGUUUGUGGAGGAAAGGGUUCUUCAGUUUUGGUCACUACCCGUCUUGCAAAGGUAGGACAAAUCAUGGGAACAAUGCCUCUUCAUGAUUUAUCAAGGCUAUCUGACAAAGAUUGUUGGAAAUUGUUUAAACAACGAGCUUUUGGACCAAAUGAAGUAGAACAGGAAGAGCUUGUGGUCAUAGGCAAGGAGAUAGUAAAUAAGUGUGGAGGAGUUCCUUUGGCAGCAAUUGCACUAGGAAGUCUCUUGCGUUUUAAAAGAGAAGAAAAAGAGUGGCUCUAUGUCAAGAAAAGCAAACUUUGGAGUUUACAAGGCGAAAAUUCUGUCAUGCCUGCCUUGAGAUUAAGCUACUUCAAUUUGCCAAUAAAAUUGAGACAAUGUUUUUCCUUCUGUGCAUUAUUUCCCAAAGGUGAAACUAUAAGCAAGAAGAUGAUAAUUGAGCUUUGGAUUUGUAAUGGUUUUAUUUCUUCUAAUCAAAUGUUGGAAGCAGAAGAUGUUGGUCAUGAGGUGUGUAAUGAAUUAUAUUGGAGAUCACUUUUCCAACAUACCGAGACAGGUGAAUUUGGUCAAUCUGCAGUAUUCAAGAUGCAUGAUUUUGUUCAUGAUCUUGCUGAGUCAGUUGCAAGAGAGGUCUGUUGCAUUACAGAUUACAAUGACUUGCCUACUAUGUCUGAGAGCAUCCGCCACCUCUUAGUUUACAAGCCAAAAUCAUUUGAGGAAACCGAUUCACUCCAUCUACACCAUGUCAAUUCAUUGAAGACCUACAUGGAGUGGAAUUUUGAUGUGUUUGACGCGGGACAACUUUCACCUCAGGUAUUGGAGUGUUAUUCUUUACGGGUACUUUUGAUGAAUGGACUAAACAAUUUGUCUACUUCAAUUGGCCGUCUAAAAUAUCUAAGAUACUUAGAUAUUUCUGGAGGUCACUUUGAUACUCUUCCAAAAUCAAUUUGCAAGCUUUGCAAUUUGGAAGUCUUGAAUCUAGACCAUUGUUAUUUUCUACAAAAGCUGCCUGAUAGUUUGACACGCUUAAAAGCUCUGCGACAGCUGUCCUUGAUUGAUUGUGACUCACUGACAAGCUUGCCCCCUCAUAUAGGGAAGUUAACUUCCCUAAAGACUUUAAGCAAAUACAUUGUUGGCAAUGAAAAAGGAUUUAAAUUGGAAGAAUUGGGACAACUUAACCUUAAAGGUGAGUUACACAUCAAGAACCUAGAGAGAGUAAAAAGUGUAACAGAUGCCAAAAAAGCCAAUAUGUCAAGGAAGAAAUUGAACCAAUUGUGGCUGUCAUGGGAAAGAAAUGAAGCCUCUCAACUUGAAGAAAAUAUUGAGCAGAUUCUAGAAGCGCUUCAACCUUAUACCCAACAACUACAUUCUUUUGGUGUAGGAGGAUAUACAGGGGCACGUUUUCCACAAUGGAUUUCUAGCCCUUCUCUCAAAGAUUUAAGUUCUUUAGAGCUUGUGGAUUGCAAGAAUUGUUUAAACUUUCCUGAGCUGCAGAGACUACCUUCUCUAAAGUAUCUAAGAAUAUCAAAUAUGAUCCAUAUUACCUACCUAUUUGAGGUAUCUUAUGAUGGAGAAGGUUUAAUGGCUCUAAAAUCUCUUUUCUUGGAGAAGUUGCCAAGCCUGAUAAAGCUAUCAAGGGAAGAAACCAAAAAUAUGUUCCCAAGCCUUAAAGCACUUGAAAUCACUGAAUGUCCUAAUUUAUUGGGAUUGCCAUGGCUUCCAUCUCUCAGUGGUUUGUAUAUAAAUGGGAAAUACAAUCAAGAAUUACCAAGUUCAAUUCAUAAAUUAGGUAAUCUUGAAUCCCUACAUUUCUCAAAUAAUGAAGAUUUGAUUUACUUUUCAGAAGGGGUCCUACAAAACAUGGCUUCUUCUGUAAAGACAUUGGGAUUUCAUCAUCACUCUGAACUCAAGAUAGUCCCAGCUCAAUUGAUUCACCUUCAUGCUCUCGAAGAAUUGUAUAUUGAUAAUUGCAGAAACAUCAAUUCAUUAUCAAAUGAAGUACUGCAAGAACUACACUCUCUCAAGGUGUUAGAUAUUUUGGGGUGCCAUAAGUUCAACAUGUCAUUAGGUUUUCAGUAUCUGACUUGUCUUAAGACAUUGGCUAUUGGCAGUUGUUCAGAAGUGGAAGGUUUUCACAAGGCUUUACAACAUAUGACUACUCUGCGAUCAUUAACUUUGUCUGAUCUUCCGAACCUAGAAUCAUUUCCUGAAGGCUUUGAAAAUCUUACCUUGCUUCGUGAAUUAAUGAUUUAUAUGUGUCCCAAAUUGGCUUCUCUUCCAACAAACAUCCAACACCUUAGUGGUUUGGAAAAAUUGAGUAUAUAUAGUUGCCCUGAGUUAGAGAAGCGAUGCCAGAAGGAAAUAGGCAAGGAUUGGCCGAAAAUAGCUCAUGUUGAGUAUAUUGACAUACAAAACGAGGAAGUAAUGUACGGUGGACAUGGUGGUGGGUAUUUUGAUGGCGAUGCAGGUUUUCUAUGGUCUUCAUUAUGACUUGCAACAUCUUACAAGUUUUGCACAUGUAGAUCACUAAAUAUUAACAGGUCUUUAACCGGUUCUCCCUCUGAGAUAGAGAGCUAUGCAAGGCCAAGUUGCAAUAUAUUGGCCUAAAUAUAUCCUCUGAUAAAAAUCUACAUUGGAGAAGGUACUUCCUUGCUUGAGAGAGCUUCUUGCUGCAUCAAAUUAUUCAUAUGGAGAACAUGAUAGAAAAAUACACGGAAGGAGGAUCUUGAUUGAGGUUGGCCUAUUUUGGAGGCACAAAUUUGUAUGAUAACUCAAAUGCAGGACUGGUUGGGGUUUGUUAUGCUGAGCUUGUCAAACCAAAUGAUUUUCAUAUCCAAUAUUUCCCUGAGGAUUUUGGAAGAACACCUGCAAAAUUUGUAAAAAUAUAUCCGAGGACAAAGUCGGACAAGUGAGCCAGGGAAGCUUAUUUUACAAAUGAAUAGAAAGAUUUCUAUAUUGUGAGUCCAUUGAAGGGAGGAAGUAGAAUUGUUCUUGCUGUGGAUAGAGAUGACCCUACAAAUUUUAUACAGGAUCCUGUCAUAUAUAUAAUUAUGAAAUGAGUGAAGUAAACUUGUGAAAUGUUUGUAUUAUUUUUCUUUGAAUUUUGAAUGUAUUUUUGAAAGACUGUUCUUCUCAGGUGAGUUGAUUACUUUUCAGAUA